CUCCAUGAAUAUUUAUAGCAUUUGUAUCUCGUCUCUCUGAGCACCGAUCGGUUUCUUUCUUUCUUUAAUUUAUAUCUUUCAUCAGUCCACUCGCCAUUCAUUGCUUACUACACCUCUACUCCCUGCCUAACCCUCCCCUUCUCACUCAAAUGCAUCUCCCACCGCCAGACUUGCCGGUUUAAUCUCAUUCUCAGCUCAAAAACUAGAACUACUCCUGCUUCCUUCGAUCCAAACUUCCCGGCUGGCAAUGGAAACAUCAAAGGUCUUUGUGACCCUCCUUUUAGUUCUCGCACUAGCUUCUCUGUCUGCUGCUAGACCUCUUAUCACUGCCACCAAGCCUACCAUCUCGUCGGAAUCUGACCCACAAGCCCUUAUUUCAUCAUCACUGGAGGAACCAAGCGUCAUCAGGAAUGUUGAAUGCGAAAGUUUGGAGGACAAGGAGUACUGUCUGAGAAGGAUGAUGAUGGUUGCUCAUACAGACUAUAUCUACACUCAAGAUAUAAAGGGUCCUUGAUUUUCUUCAUUUACCUUUAUUUUUUUUUUCUCCUUCUCUCUUGUAAAUUGCAUCUUUUAUGUUGAUGUAAUUUUGGAGACAUGAAAAUUUCUUUUUGAGA